AGUGUGACUGAUUUGUCUAUCAAACUUUUGCUGUGUGUGUCGGUGAGUGUGUGUGUGUGUGUGUAUGUGUGUAUGUGUGGGGAAGUGUGUGUGAGAGUGUGAUUAAUACUGUGUAUACUGUAUAUAGGUGUGUGUGUCGGUAAGAGUGUGUGUAAGAUUAACACCGUGUAUACUAUAUAUAGCUGUGUGUGUGUGUGUGAGCUGUGGAGACGGGAACGACGUGUUUGUGUGUGUAGAGUGUGUAUAACUUUGUGUAGUUGUGUUGUAAGUGUUAUAAGUACAGUUGUGUAGAUGUGUGAUUGUGUAGAUUUGUGUGUAGCUGUGUAUGAGUGUGUGUAGUUGUGUAGGAGUGUGUAGUUUUGUAUGAGUGUGUGUAGGAGUGUGUAGUUGUGUAGGAGUGUGUAGUUGUGUAGGAGUGUGUAGUUGUGUAGGAGUGUAUAUUUGUAUAGGAGUGUAUAGUAGUUAUGUGUGUGUGUAGUUAUGUGUGUAUAAUUGUGUGUUAUUGUGUAGAUUUGUGUAUAGCUGUGUAGGAGUGUGUAUGAGUGUGUAAAGUUUUGUGUAGGAGUGUGUGUAGUUGUGUAGGAGUGUGUAUAGUUGUGUAUGUGUGUGUGUGUAGUUGUGUAUGAUGCGUCGGAGGCAGAAGCGUGUACUACAAGCGCUGGUCCUGUUGGUGGCGCUGCUGCUUCUGCUGCCUGCUGUUGGACUCUGGUCCCGGUCUGAUCCUGCACCUGCUCCUGAUCCACUGCAGGGGACCAUUAGGAGGUCUGUGGGGGGUCUGGAGCAACAGAAGAGGAAAGACUGGCAUGAUCAUGAGCUCAUAAUGAGAGACAACGCGCAGACAGGUGAUGGAGAGCAGGGUAAGCCGUACCCCCUGACUGAUUCGGAUCAGGUGGAUCAGGCCUACAGAGAGAACGGCUUCAAUAUUUACAUCAGCAACAAGAUCUCGCUCAACAGAUCCCUGCCUGAUAUACGCCACCCAAACUGUAAACAGAAGCUGUAUCUGGAGAAGCUACCAAACUGCAGCAUCAUUAUUCCAUUCCAUAAUGAGGGCUGGAGUUCGUUACUGCGCACCGUACACAGUGUCCAGAACCGCUCACCCCCACAGCUCCUCUCCGAAAUCAUCCUGGUGGACGACUUCAGCGAUAAAGCGCACCUGAAGGCCCCGUUGGAGGAGUACAUGUCUCGCCUGCCGAAGGUUCGGAUCGUUCGUACCAGGAAGCGGGAGGGUCUGAUCCGUACCCGACUUCUGGGGGCGAGCGUGGCUCGAGGAGAGGUCAUCACCUUCCUGGACUCUCACUGUGAGGCCAACGUGAACUGGCUCCCCCCUCUGCUGGAUCGGAUCGCUCAGAACCGUAAGACGAUCGUGUGCCCGAUGAUUGACGUGAUCGAUCACGACCAUUUCGGCUACGAGACUCAGGCUGGCGACGCCAUGCGUGGAGCGUUUGAUUGGGAGAUGUUCUACAAACGCAUCCCCAUCCCCCCCAAACUGCAGAACAGGGACCCAAGCGAACCCUUCGAGUCUCCGGUGAUGGCCGGUGGUCUGUUUGCUGUAGACAGGAAGUGGUUCUGGGAGAUGGGAGGAUAUGACAUGGGACUGGAGAUCUGGGGAGGAGAGCAGUACGAGAUUUCCUUUAAGGUGUGGAUGUGUGGAGGUCGUAUGGAGGACGUCCCCUGCUCUCGUGUCGGCCAUAUUUACAGGAAGUACGUUCCAUAUACGGUACCUGAGGGAGUGAAUCUGGCGAAGAACCUGAAGCGGGUAGCUGAGGUGUGGAUGGAUGAGUAUGCUGAGUUUCUCUACCAGCGCAGACCUGACUAUCGCCCCCUGUCUGUGGGUGACGUGAGUGAACAGCGGGCGCUGCGCCAGCGGCUCCAGUGUAAGAGCUUCAAGUGGUUCAUGACGGAGGUGGCGUGGGAUUUAGAGCGGUACUACCCCGCCGUGGAACCGCCCGCCGCUGCCUGGGGAGAGCUGAAGAACGUGGAUACUGGAUUGUGUGUGGAAGCGAAACACUUCUCGUCUGGUUCUCCUCUCCAGCUGGAGCCCUGUGUGAAGGGACGAGGAAACCCUGUGUGGAACCAUGGCCAGGUGUUCACACUAGGAUGGAGGGAGGAUAUCAGGGUUGGAGAUCCUCUUCAUACCAAGAAAGUUUGUUUUGAUGCCGUUUCACAGAGCAGCUCAGUAACUCUGUACGACUGUCACGGCAUGAAGGGAAACCAACUGUGGAAAUACAGGAGGGAUCACACUCUGUACCACCUGGUCAGUAACGGUUGUAUGGACAGCGACUCUAACAGACGAAUCUUCAUGAACUCGUGUGAUCCAACAUCAGCCAGUCAGAAGUGGAGCUUCGAGAACCUCAACAGCACCGUCCUCCAGAACUUCAACUCCCCAUAGUCCUGAUCAUAAUCCUGAUUAUAAACCAGAUCACAGUCCAGGGUUUAUGGUCUGGAUUCAGAGUCUCCUGGAACAUGAAUCUGAACUUUUUUUUUAUAAUGUACAUUUUAAAACUUAAAUUGACAAUAAAUUUUUGAGUUUGUGAUGAACGCUCGACCACGACUGUACAAGCUCGAACCUGAACCGCCGGGCUACUGCUGACCAGACUCACUGCCAUUCAGGAGAACCUGGGGGAGAAGCUCUGCUCCUACAGACCAGGAGACGUCGCUGAAGUGGUGCAGACGUGGUUUUUAGAUUUUGAUUUUAGGAUCAGGUGGUUCCAGAGCUGAUUUAAUUCUUAUUAUGUUUUUUAUUAGGGAAGGACCUGAUUCUGAGCCUGAUCAUGGAAAAUCAUUUUAAAAUGUUAAUGUCACUUUAUUAUCAGGUGGGUUUAGGACAAAACAUUGAGGUAAAUCACACUGGUGCCUUACUGCUAGAAUCCAGGGUUCAAAUCCCCAGCGGUGCUAUCAGCCAGUCGGACGUUUACACACGGACGUUGUUGGCUGUGUCUGAGGGUGGUCGAGGCUCUGUGAUGAACUGGUGACUUGAUGAAGGACCGCAUCGAUGCCGUUAAUAUUUCUCAGUUUUAUUUGAGCACAAAGUGUAAAAACCAGCAGAAGUUUGAAGCUUCAGGAAGGUUGAACAGAUUUAAAUGGAUUUUUAUUCUGCAGAACGUUGGAGCUUCAGGAUCUUCUGCACCUUAUUAUUUUAUUCAUGAACAUUAGAUUUUGUUUUCUAAUAUUACCCAUCAUGCUUUACUGGCACUUUAGCACCAGGUGUUCUGAUUGGUUUGGAACAGUAGGAACCGGGCAGUAGGAGCUCAGUGGUUAUUGAUGGUUUAAGCUCCACCACCACUGUUGGACCCCUGAGCAAGGCCCUUAACCAUUGGUCAAAAUAGGAAGUCGUUUUGUAUAAAAACUGCUGCUAAUACUGUGAUCAUAAAAUAACUAAUCAAACUAACCACCAUGUGCUCAGCUUACAUUCACGUUUUAAUACAUUGAAAUAUUUCAUUUUUAUUAAGGUGAAGGAAACAUUUUCUACUAAAAUUCUAUUUUGUAGAUUUUUUCUAAAUGUAUCUACAAAUUUUAAAUAUUUUACAUUUUAGGGAAAUUAAAAAUAUUUUCAUACUUUUGUGUAUUUUUCUUAAGGAAUAAAUCUGUAAAUGUGUUUAAAUACUGAAUAAUAA